GCUAUAGAAGGCAUUCUGCGCUGCAGCAGCAACGAUGGCCAGAGCGGAAUAACUGCGCUGGUUUUCUUAAAUCACCGGAUCGUGGCUGCCCGGCUGAACGGCUCUAUCGACUUCUUCUGCCUGGAAUCUCAUAAAUCCACCAGCCAGUUGCAGUUUAGAGGGACGCCCAAUCGCACUGCAGUCCCGAGCUCCCCAUUGUACUCUAAUGAUGACAUCAUUCGCUGUCAGCUGACCCACACCGUGGCCUGCGCCCACCAGAAGCCAAUCACAGUACUGAAAGCUGCAGCAGCUGGCCGAUUAGUGACUGGAAGCCAGGAUCACACGCUUAGAGUUUACCGUCUGGAUGACGCAUGCUGCUUGUUCACACUGCAGGGUCACUCGGGAGGCAUUACCGCCAUUUACAUUGACGAGACAAUGGUCCUGGCCAGCGGGGGGCAGGAUGGAGCCAUCUGCCUGUGGGACGUCCUGACAGGUAGUAGAGUUAGUCACAUGCAUGGCCACCGCGGUGACAUCACUUCCCUGAUCUGCACGACAUCGUACGUGAUCAGCAGCGGCCUGGAUGAUGUCAUCAGCAUAUGGGACCGCAGCUCGGCCAUCAAACUGUACUCCAUACAGCAGGAUUUGGGCUGCGGAUCCAGCUUAGGCCUCAUCUCCGACAACUUGCUGGUGACGGGCGGCCAAGGCUGCGUGUCCUUCUGGGACAUCGGCUACGGCGAUCUUCUACAGACUGUUUACCUGGGGAAGUACGAGGAGGCCCAGCCUGCUCGCCAGAUCCUAGUUCUGGACAAUGCGGCGAUCGUCUGCGAUUUUGGCAGCGAGCUGAGCCUGGUCUACGUCCCGUCCGUGCUGGAAAAGUUGGACUGA